AUGGCCACCACUACUGCCACUGAAGCGCGCCCCUGGGAAAUUAAACUCCGAGAGACUGCAGCCCUCUAUCGGUCUAGCCUCGAGGAAAACAACCUCGAUGCGUAUUUUGAGGUCCAACGUUCAGCCUUUGGGGUGGACCUCAAGAGCCUGAACACCUGGUCUUUCCAGAAGCCCGAAAAAGCCUACUCGUUGAAGCUCGAGUCUGAUGACGAACGCGAAAGGCUGAAGAGUCUGGGCAAACAGCUCAUUGAAGACCAUCAGACAGCUGCCAACGACGUCAAAGCAACUUCUGAUGCGAUCAAGAACGGCAGUACUGGCAAAGAGAAUGCCAGGGUUCGAAUGGAGAAAGCCAGAGAAGAAGCUAAGAAGAAAUCAGCUGAAAUCAUUGACCAGCAGUUUGAUCGAGCUCAGACGCUCAUUGACCAACUGCCCGAUGAUAAGCAGGAGGCGGCUACCGACUUCUGGAUUCAACUCUCUAACGGGUUCCUGGCGUUUUGGAAGAUAGCGAUGGAUGCGAUUUAUGCUGUUUUGAAGGCUGUUAUCGAUUGGCUUGAGAAUAUGUGGGAAACGGUCAAGCAGCGCUGGGAGGAUGUGAAGGCUACUUUCAAGGAUGCUUGGGAAUGGUUCCAGGCAUUGUUUAAUUAG